UGUCCUUUUGUUCUUUACACCACUUCCAAUGAAACUCCUUUACUCUGUUGCUUAAUUAUUGGCUACAGUUCUCUUGCUUGAAUUUUUGAGAGAUGAGUAGACAGAAAAUAGAAGAUGGUGAACUUUCAAGUUCUUUGAUAGUUAAAGAGAAGCCUCCGGAUGGAGCUGGACAUGGUAGUUCCGGUGAAGAACAAGGUGGAAUUGGAACUACGACUUCUGCAACAACUAUGGUUGUUCUUAGCACCAUUAUCGCUGUUUGUGGAUCUUAUGUUUUUGGGACUGCUAUUGGAUAUUCAUCACCUGCUCAGACUGGAAUCAUAGUUGAUCUGGGUCUCUCUGUGGCUGAGGUAAAAUUGUACCCAUUACAAGAAAAGCUCAAAAGCUGGCAUAUUUGUUCUGUAACCUAACUGGUUAAGGUUGGAGUUGGCCUAAUGGUU